UAUACAUCUAAAAGUUGAGUGUGCGAGUAGGAUUCCUCAACACAUGCGGAUAGAGGAUUCCUCCAUCUCUAAUUCUCAGUUCUGCACACGAACACACACAGAAAAUGCCAUCCUACACUCCUCACUCAAUCUCCUCCUCCUCCUCCCCACCCACCAGUAAGAGGGACCUCGCCGCGGUCCUCGCCGCGGCGCGCCCCUUCCUGCGGGGCGAGCUCGAGCUCGUGGACCCGGCGCUCCCCUCGCUGGUGUCCGUGCUCCGGUCGGCGGGGGCCGGGGAGUGCUACCACAAGCACGGCACCUUCCUCGCCCACCUCGUCGGCGUGCACCGCAUCCUCACGCUCUGGGGCGCCCCCCACCCCGUCGCCCGCUGCGGCCUCUACCACUCCUCCUACUCCAACUCCUACGUCAACCUCGCCAUCUUCGACCCCGGCACCAGCCGCGCCCGCGUCGCCUCGCUCGUCGGCGCCGCAGCCGAGCGCCUCGUCCACCUCUUCUGCGUCGUCCCGCGCCACGCGCUCAUCCACGACAACCUCCUCUUCCACUAUGCCGACGCCGAGCUCGCCGACCACCUAGCCGCCUCAGAGAACUCCCUGCGCGCCACCAAGGAGAGCGGCGCCUUUGACAGCGCCGAGCCGUGGCGGCGGAAGAUCCAAUCGGUGCUGCCGGCUGAAGGGGUGAAGGUGAAGCACAUCAAGACGGGGGAGGCCAUGACGGUCUCCAGGAGAGUGGUGGCCACUUUUCUGUUGAUGACCGUCGCCGACUUCAGCGACCAGUACGUCGACUACCAGGACAAGCUGUUCGGCAACGAGAACGGCCGGCUCGAAUUCACCGGCGACAACCCGGCCGCGCUGUGGCCCGGGAGCGGGAAGCCCGGGCUUUGGAUGAACUCGAUAUCGCGGAUGGCCGCGCUUUACAAUCUUAUAGCUCGGGAAGAAGAGAUUUAUAUCUGCGAACGGAGGUGCGGUAACGGCGGAGACGCAGAGACCGAAAGAGAUGAGGAGAUCGAAUUGGUGGUUCCGCCCGUGUUCGACUACUGCACCAGAGUCUUAGACGCAAAUGAUCAAAUAGUUGGCAGGGAUCUGUACUGGGAGGCAGUGUGCGGCGGCGCAGAACAUAAAGAAGGGGAUUGGGGGAGGGUGGAGAAGCUGUUGAAGGAGAGCUGCGAGAAGAACCCGUUUGUGGGGGAGCCGCAUUUGGUGCUGGCGCAGGUGUAUCUGAACGUGGGGAGGUAUGAGGACGCAGAGGAAGAAGCAGAGGAGGGGCUGAGGCUGGUGUUGGAGUGGGGGAGUAGCUGGGACAAGAGGAUGAGUUGGGAGGGGUGGGUCUCUUGGGGGAGGGUGAUGCUCAUGAAGGCAAAGGAGAGGUCGUGGCCCGACACUGCAUGGGGGAUCAUCAAUCUAGGGCUCGUGAGAUGAAGUGAAACCCUAGAUUGUGUUUACUCCCUUUAGUUACUUUGCAAGAAUAUAGUCGACUAGAAUAAAAUGAGAGAGCAAUGUUACUCGAGAGAGGAAGGGUGUAGUGACUUUAAUAAGUCGCCUUCGAGUCGCUAAACCCUCCGCUUGCAACAUCGCUCUCUUCUGAGUGUGUAAUGGGUCAAUAGUAUCUAUCUUCUGUAAUCAGAUGCCAUAGCUAGCUGGGUGUGUAAAAGGAAACUCUGUUAAGCUUAAGUGUGUGAUAAGUCCUAUGAAAAACUUUAGUAUACUACUGAAAUCAUUAAACUUCUUUGGCUCUUUAAA